AUGGUGGAUUUCAAGUGGCAGAGGCGUUGGGUUGUUCUUAAACAUGGUCGGCUGAAGACCUUUCAGGACGAGGCUUGCUUGUCGCCCAAAGCCGCGUUCGAGCUGAACGCGUGCAGCAAAGUCGUGCCCUUCAAGGCGCCGGGUGCUCCGGGACAGUCGGUGUUGUACAGCCGAACAAGACCUUUUGGCUUUGUGCUGGACCUCGAGCCGCAGGCGGGAAAGUCGCGGUGGAUGGUGUACUUCGAUACGUUGCAGCCGGAUGAGCUUGAUCGAUGGACGCAGGCCAUCGAGGGCAGCGUGCGGAGCUUGGAAGCGGCCGUGCAGCGCUCCCCCGGCCGUUCAGGACAUCUUUCGAAACAAGUCCCUGGGAUGGCUACAGCGAAGCAGGGUGAAGACUCUGCAGGACGUGGCGCAGAUCCUGAUGCAACAGCUGCCCGACGUCUCGUUCAUCGAGUCGUCGAGAGAUGCUGCUCCAGGUCAACAGACGAGCUGUUGAAUCGUCGAGCUGCAAGACGAGUGCUGCGAUGCAUUCUCCAAAAGCUGUGCCGCACAAACAAUGCCGGGCGGAAGGACCCCGCGGUGCCUCUGGUUCUCUCGGAGGAGCCAUUGGCGCCAUUUGUUGCCAAGAAAGUGGCUGGUUCAGACCAGCAGGCGACAGAUACCUUGUCGGCAGAGCAGCUUGCGAUCCGGCGGCUCACCAGAUGCGUGCUGCGCGGCAUUCUCCACAAGCUGUGCAGUGUGGAGGAGCCAACAUUGCUCCACCAAGCGGGUGCCGACAGCUAUGUGGCAGCUGGCCCAUCAGCUGCAGCUUGCUUGUCGCCGGAGCAGCUGGCAAACCGACGACUCGCAAGAUGCAUGUUGCGCGACAUUUUCCAGAAGAUGAGCAUGGCGGAGGGGUCCAAGAUGCUGACACCUGCAUCGCAGGAGCCAACGUUGCUCCAGCAAGCAGGUACGGACAGCUAUGUGGCAGCUGGCACAUCAGCUGCAGCUUGCUUGUCGCCGGAGCAGCUGGCAAACCGACGACUCGCAAGAUGCAUGUUGCGCGACAUUUUCCAGAAGAUGAGCAUGGCGGAGGGGUCCAAGAUGCUGACACCUGCAUCGCAGGAGCCAACGUUGCUCCAGCAAGCAGGUACCCAGAGCUAUGUAGCAGCUGGCACAUCAGCAGAAGCUUGCCUGUCGCCGGAGCAGCUGGCAAACCGACGACUCGCAAGAUGCAUGUUGCGCGACAUUUUCCAGAAGAUGAGCAUGGCGGAGGCUGCUUGUUCUCAAGAUUGCGAGGCUGGAGCACCAUCUUUGCAGUCCGAAGCACGGCUGGAGCUGGAGAACCGGCGGAUUGCCAAGCACGUUCUGCGAGGCAUCCUCCAAAGAGUCAGCACAAAGGCCAGUAUGCAGGAGUCGUCAGUGCUGCAACAGCCAGACGCUCCAAGCCCAAACCACGAGCAUGCUGGCAUAUUCCCCUGCCCGUUGGAGAACACCAACCGCUUGAUUGCUAAACAUGUGCUGCGGUGUGUUCUGCAGAAGCUGUACAGAAUAGAGGACCCCUCCGCCCUGUUGGCAGCAAACCCAGCGAUCUGCGUGGACAAGCGGCAAGCAAAGCGCGCUGUGAAGCGCAACAGUGCCCUUCUUCGGCACUUGCCGCAGGAAAUGCGAGUGGACAAGGGCGUCGUCCUGGCAGCUGUUCAGACGGAUCCGAUGGCGCUGGCACACGCUGGUGACACUUUGAAGUCGGACAGGGAGGUGGUUUUCGCCGCGAUUUCCCAGGACGGUAUGGCCCUACAACACAGCAGCGAUGCGCUGAAGGCGGAUCGCGACAUCGUUUUGGCAGCGGCACUCCGGAGUCCUGAUGCCAUCCAAUUCGCCUCCGAGGCGGUUAAGGAAGAUGCUGCUAUGAUCGUUUUCUGA